AUGGACGCAUCGGCAGCCUACGAGGAGGAUGGCGUCGUAGAGGGAGACAUGGUCAUCAACGAAGCCCAGGCCAUCCACAUGCUCGAAACGUUCGACGCGCCACCUGUCCGUCGCAAACGGAAGUUCAUCGACGACUCGGCACACCGCUGGGACGCUAGCAAGCCCGUGCCGUUCCUGUUCAACCCGGACGAUUUCAGUGAGUAUCGAUCGGCGCCAAAGAACGCUCACAUUAACGUUACGUUGGACGAGCUGAGUACAGCGUGGUACGGACACGCCAACCUGCCCUGUCCCGACUACAUGGAAUUCCGCUAUCGGCAGAUUGUGGCGCAUGAGAUCGGACACGCCCUUGGCUUCUGGCACGAGCAGGCGCGCGAGGACCGCAACGACUCCGUUCAGAUUCUCUGGCAGAACAUCCAGCCUGGCAAGUGGUACAACUUCCUCACACAUGACACGCUGACGGCCGGCAUUCCGUACGACGUGUCGUCGCUAAUGCACUACCUCGGCACGGAUUUCACGAAAUCCUACCCGGACCUGCUGACGCUUCGGUCGCGUAAAGACGUGCUGCAGCAGGUGAUGGGAGGCGCCGACAAACUGUCCUUCUACGAUACGAAGCUCGCCAACCUAGAGUACUGCAGCGAGACGUGUCAGGAUCCGCUGCCAUCGCGUUGCUAUAACGACGGCUACCAGGAUCCAAACAACUGCGACAGGUGCAAGUGCCCGGAUGGCUUCGCCGGUACAUACUGUGACCGAGCCGCAUUCAGCAUUGGCGCAGACAACUGCGGUGGUGACUAUGAGGUGGAGUGUGGAGACGAGGGAGUGGUGCGUUCCCCACGUAUCCAGGCGCGCUCUGCCACUACAGCAGUGCAGCUGGUUAGUCAAGGCGCAAAGGAACGCCUCACAUUAACGAUUACGUAUUGGCACGAGCUGAGUACCAGCGUGGUACGGACACGCCAACCUGCCUGUCCCCGACUACAUGGAAUUCCGCUAUGA